AUAAAAGCAGCUGCGCAGACAGAUUUCCUCAAUCUUGAUGUCUGGGUUAAGAAAACCGACACAGGACGUGCAAACCAUCUGGAAAUCAUGAAGAGGAGUUUGGUUCUUGCUGUUGUCCUCGUUCUGGAAGGGGUCUUUCAGACUGAAACCGUGUCAGUAGCAGGAACUGUGGGGGGAUCAGUCACAAUAACAUGCUCUCAUUCUUAUGCCACCACCAAUGUCAAAUAUUUCUGCAAAGGAGCGUGCGUUGACGCAGACGUCCUGAUAAAAAGCAGCACGCAGCGAGAGGGGAAGUACUCUAUAAAAGAUAAUGGGAACACAUUCCAUGUAACAAUAUCAAACCUGGAAAUGAGCGAUGGAGGAGUUUACUGGUGUGGCAUUGAGAGAGUUGGAGUGGACACGUACGGCGAAGUGACCCUCACUGUAGCAGAAGAGAGUCCAGGAAGCAACCUGAAGAUGACGGAUUCUAGUCAGAUGGUGUAUCUUGGAACAGGUCUUGGUGUGGCGGUGCUGGCUCUGGCAACCGUCCUGCUGUCAUUCUUCAGACUCAGAAAAAGAGACGUCAGCACGUCUAAAGGAAAAAACGAUGAUGUUACGUAUUCGAAGCCCUCAAUCCAGAAGAAAUCCCAACAUGCCAACGCCGCGUCAUCAGUCACUGGGGAGCCAGAUUUCAGGAUUAAUGCGGGUCAGCCGGAGGUUCUGUACUCCAACAGCCGUUCAGAGCCUGAGAUCCAGUCAGAUGACCUCUGUUAUUCCACCGUCAUCUUCAGCAAACACCCAGCCUGCAGCGCUGCCUCUCCUCAAACCGAACUGACCACAUACUCAUCUGUCAAAUCCAAACCUGCCGGCUGAACAGCUUCAAAGUUCAGACAAAUAUCAUUUUUUCACAUCUUUGACUGAGAAAAUUAUACCUAGUGAUUACAGCAGAUGUUUUUUAAGUUUAUUCAUGUGUCCUAUAAAUCAGAAUAUGUAUUUCACUCAGGCUCAGUUGUCAGCUGUUUUUUUUUUUUUUAAAUUAUCAUUAUAAAUUAUUUCAAACGCUCAGCACAAAAAGAUUUUAAAAAUAUGCAAAACUUUUAUGUAAUUUCAUACUCAUCUUUUUUCCUUCUUAUUACCUUUGAAUGAUUUGGAAUUUUUUUUAUUUUCCUCUUAAAGCAACAUUAAUUAUACAGAAAAUUACAAUUUAGGCUAAAUAGUUUCAUACAUGGAAACUCAAAAGGAACAAAGAAAUAAAAUGACAAAUUUCCAUUUUGUUAUCAAAAAAGUAUAUGGAAGUUUUUCAAAAAUUGGUUGGAAUAUCUAAUUAUAUAAUCUAACUUUUUUUUUCAAACAGUGAUCCAACAAAAAUAUUAAGCCAAAACUCUGUUCAUGUUAACUCAAAACAAUACUGUCAUCUAGUGGACAGUUUCUAAUUGUAAAAAAAUAUAUAUAUAUAUAUGUAUAUAUUUUUUUUGCUUUCUUGAUUAGUUGCUCUGCAUUGUUGCACAUUUUUAUGUCUUAGACGUUUCAGUGGUAAUCUCUCUGGUUUGUUACUUUUAGAACAAAUCACAUAUAAAUAGAUGUUUUUAAUGUUUUUUUUUUUUUUUUCGAUCAUUCAUUCAAAUUCUAAAAUUAUUCCAAUAAAUUAUUUGUUUGAGUCAAAAUCUUUAUCAUUUUUAAAAUCACCUCGUGGGUGACAUAUUCUGAAAUCAAGUGCAUAACUUUUUUUGCCAUUUAAGUUUUGUCUCAAAAUAAGUCAAUCCUGCGCAACAUUUUGUAGUUAAGGAUCAAACCACAGGUGGAAUAAACUUUGUUUAAAAAUG